GACACACAAUCUGCUCCAGCACCUCUGUGAUCUACUAACCGAGACCAUCACUCAUGAAGACUGAAAGCGCGGUGCAGGCGGCCUCGUUCGGCGGGAGGAAGCAGAGUCUGAUAGAAGAUGCUCGGCGGGAACGCAGCAGCGGCUCCGGGGGCUCCCCGGGGCCCUCACGGUACCGAGACGGCUUCGUGUUUGAGGAGAAGGACGGCAAGGUCACUCUCAAUGUCCUGUUCUCACUCAGCAACGAGAAAAACGCGGGAUUCUUCAAGACCAGCAAAAUAUUCGAGGUAAGGCAAUAGACUUAAUGAAGAUUUUAAUGUUUUUAGAUCACCUAAAACUGAACUUUUAAAGUGCUGUUGUCUUAAUUUUUUUCUGUUUAACUUUAGGUCAUGUAAAAUGCAUGAAUUAAAUACAGUAAACAGGACUUAUGCGGAAAAUAACUGCCAUUUAACUUAGAUUAACCUGCAGAUAUUCAGGACUAUUAAGGUAACAAUUUUGACAGUUUUGCUAAUUGAUGGAGAUACCAGUAAUUUAUUAAUAUUAACAUUUUCUACAGUUUUAAUAUUAUAUUUACAAGGGGGAAAUUGCUAUUUGUACUCCACCACAUAUAUGUAUACGAUAUUACAGACUUAUAUUGACAAAACUAUCAAUCUAAAUAAGAAGCUACAGGUGGAUGACAUUUAAUCUUAAUACCUUUGUUCUCCUGGAGAAAUAUUAGAAUUAAAAAAAUCAUAAUUAGAAUAAUAUCUCAAUAAUGUGAAAGCCAUUGCCAAAAAAUGGGCCUUUGUAAAACUGAGCACUUUUGUUUUGAUGCAAAAUAAUAAGCAAAAUUUGAUGCCAGAACCUUUAUAUUUUCAUUUCAAGUCAAUAAUUUCGACAUUAAACACAGCAAUUCUGCACUGUGGUUUGUUUCACAUUUAAGUUCUAAGUGCUUUUCCAGUAAUCACAUUAUAUCUAAGUGUAAAACAAUAACUUUUCCCUCGUAUAUUAUUUAUUGUCUGAUCUAACAUAAAACAAAGGAUUAAAAAAUAACCUCUUUUAGCUCUCACAUUGAUGAAAAGCAGCAAAAGAAGAACCAAAACACGUUUUAGGGCUAAACUGUUAGGAUCUAGUUUGGAAUACUGAGACAUUAUACUUCUUGUAUGUCGUAUGUGAGUGUGUAAGACCUAUUUGUGCAUGCAUGUUGUCCCUGUUUUAAAAGAUGUGUUGAGUAUUUUGAGUUAAAAUGUAAUUUUUGUGUUCAGGCAUAAUUUUUUUCUUAUUUGGGAAGAAAAAGAAUAAAAAGACUGAUUUGGGACACUUAUUUGACCAGUUAGAAUGAAAGUAAAUCAAGGAUGGGAUAAUGCUUGCAGUGGUUGUUGGAGUUAAAUCAAUUUAACGCUUGUAAAUAAAAAAAAAGGCUAUUUUAUUGAAGCUUUUUUUGUUUCUUUUGCAGACAUUUGAAGCAAAACUUCUUCACAUUGAAACCCGACCGGGGAGAAAAUCAAAGAACAGCACCACAGACCUGGAGUUCUUCAUGAGGUGUGAAGUUCACAGCUCCGACCUCAAUGUUUUCAUCAACUCACUGAAGAGAGUGGCCGAGGAUGUUCGCUCCAUCCCCGACGAAAAAGGCAACUAACAUGAUUUUACGAAACGCUUCACGCUUUGUGUUGCAUUUUCUUUCAAAUCAGCCACCAUGUUUUGAUAAUAUGCAAUCAGGCCGGUUACAAAAGCAUUAAUUAAUCAAUUCUUUCUCCACCUGUCACAGUCCCCUGGUUUCCUCGCCAGAUGAAAGACCUUGACAGAUGCAACUCGUUGAUAACCAAAUUUGAUCCGGACAUGGACCAGGACCAUCCGGUAAGUGAUAACAUAUAUACUGCACCAUGUCCUAAUAAGCCUAUAGGAGAAAAAAACACAUAUUGAUGAUGAUUUUAAAUGUUUUUACAGGGAUACAAAGAUCCAGAAUACAGAAAAAGACGAGCAUUUAUCUCCGAACUUGCCUUCAGAUACAAACAGUGAGUCUAAUGUUGUAAAAUGAACCAUGAAACACUGAAUAAUGUUAAAAAAAAUUCCUGUUAAAAUUGUUUUUUUUAAUGAUUUCUUCAGGGGGGAUCCUUUGCCCACUGUGGAGUACACAGCAGAGGAAAUAUCCACAUGGUAAACAUAAAUGACACUAUUCUGCACCACAUUCAUUCAGAUGCAAUACGUAGAAUGGUUUAAGUAUAAUAAUGUUUUGUUGUUGUGUUAAAAGGAGAGAGGUGUACCGGCAGCUGAGGAGUAUUUACACCAACCUGGCCUGUAGGCAGUUCCUGGAUGGUCUGCAGCAGCUGGAGAGGGAGUGUGGAUACGGAGAGGACCGCAUCCCUCAGCUCAGAGACGUGUCCGUCUUCCUGAAAGGUGAAUAAGACUGAAAAAUUAGUUCCUCAUCACUCGAGUUUACGAAGCUUAAGCGCUUGAUUUCUCAUAAGCUGGACAGCAACUUCUAUGUGAGCAUUUUUCUGGAUAAUAUGACAAUUUGACACUGCAAAUAGAAAUAUUAGCUAAUCUGAGGUUACAUACCAAGAUCAUGGGAUUGUAAGAUAACCAGUCUUCAAGUUUUAACAUUUAGAUAACUAGAUAAUUUAAGCGUAUGUAAGCCUUUUAGAUAGUAGGGGUUUUAUCUAGGUUGUUGGUUUCAUGCAUGGAAAAUACAGAAUCUAAAACAGAUCUCAGCAACAAACAAAACAAUAAUGUCAGGAAAAUCAGUUUCCCUACUUUUUAUAUUUAAGGAUGCAGGAAGAAACUAUCUGCUCUGUGAAAAUGACGAGUUAUGGCCCAGUUUUAGGUGCAUUAAUUUGACCUAUUUUGCUCUUUAAGGAUCAAUAGAAACCUUGAAUCUUUGUAUUUCUCUCUCUUUCUCUGACCUCUUCUUCAUUUUGAGCUCUCUCUCUGUGUUUGACAGUUUUUCUCUCCUCUCUGCUUCUUUUAGAGAAAACUGGUUUCCAGCUGCGUCCAGUAGCCGGCCUGCUGUCAGCCAGAGACUUCCUCAACAGUUUGGCCUUCAGGGUGUUUCAGUGCACACAGUACAUCCGACACUCCUCUGCACCCAUGCACUCCCCUGAACCGUGAGUCAUCAUAUUUUAAGCCCUACUUAUUCAUUUAUAUAUUCAGCCGCUUUUUUACACUGACUCUGUUUUUAAUCUGCCCUGACAGAGACUGCUGCCAUGAGCUGCUCGGACAUAUUCCUAUGCUGGCAGAUAAGGAAUUUGCCCAAUUUUCACAGGUAGAUGUCAUAAAAAGGUCAUUUAGUACAUUCUCAACUUCUGUGCUGGUCUUAUAACUUUAACACAAGUUUAUUUGAACAAUUUCAGGAGAUUGGGCUCGCCUCACUUGGAGCGUCAGAUGAAGACAUUGAGAAAUUGUCCACGGUAGGAACCUGCUAUCACUUGAAUUAUUUGAUAUUUUGGAUAUGAAAGCCAAAAGCACCUCCAAAACAGAAAAAAUCCACAUUUUAAUGUUAGAUAUUCAGUUUUAAAAUAAAAUUUCUCAAUUUUUAUAUAAAUCCAUCUAUUCAGGUGUCCAUCUAAGGAAACACAGGCUCUAAACACAUCUUUGAUGCCAUCUAGUGGCUCAAAUAAUUUCCUGCAACUCAUGCUGAAACCAACACUGUGCUCAUCUGCCUUUUCAUUUUGUCCCUUUUUAACAGUUAUACUGGUUCACUGUUGAGUUUGGGCUCUGCAAACAGAACGGAGUAGUGAAAGCAUACGGAGCUGGACUCCUGUCGUCCUACGGAGAGCUUGUUGUGAGUGUGUUCUCUGUGUUUACCCAAAAAUACCUAACUUUGUUUUCUGUAUGAGCUGUUUGUCCUGACAGUCUUUGUCUUUCCUUCCAGUACGCUCUAUCCAACGAGCCCGAGUACAGGCCGUUUAACCCCGAGGAGACCGCAGUGCAGCCGUACCAGGACCAGACCUACCAGCCAGUUUACUUUGUGUCCGAAAGCUUUGAAGAAGCAAAGGCAAAGAUGAGGUAAAUACAUAUUACUCUGUGAUAAAUAUAUUAUUUUUUCUACAGACUCAAAAACAAAGAGGAAAAGUAAAUGUUAGGCCUAAAGUUAGAUUGUAAACCUUUGUCUGAUUUGACUACAGAAGCACAAUGCAUCCACUUCAGGAAAAUUCUAGUUUUUCAGAAUCAAUGAGAUACUGGUACCAGAAAAUCUGACGGAAAGUUCCCAUUCGGGCCACAAGAGGAAGUAAACAUGCACAGGCUGUUGGUUAUAUUUUAGUUUUGGUGGGAGAUAAUCAUGAAAUAUUAUCAGUUUGUUGAUUUUGCAAACAUAAAGCCCAUUCUGAUGUGGACAGACGGCUAAUAUAGUACGCUUCAUGGACAAGACAUGACGCCUCUAUACAGUAGUUAGUCUGGAUUUGUUGGGCCUUAGGGGACAGUUAUGAAGUGUGACCACAAAGUGGGUUUCUCCAGUAUGAUAUGGUGGGCAUUCCUUUGUGUUUCUACUCUUAAAAGUUGGAAAAACUGCGAAAAUAAGGAUCUGUAUGGUCUAACUCUUUUGGCACCCAUCUGUUGGGGUUCAGCCAUCGAGGCUACGACUGGAAAAUAUUGGAAACCCAUGGAGUGAACCUUGUCGAGUCUGAGAGUGUCUUUUCCUUAGCUGAAUAUGGUGUGCUCCUGGACCAAACAAUGGUCUUAAAUUUUUAAUGAAAACACGGGCAUUACCUAAGUCACAUUUAGAUCAGUGGAAAAGUGUAUCUGAUUUGUUUUGCUAUUGGAGACCCCUUCAUGAAUAUUUGCCCUAUUAGAUUACCAGUCCUCAAAAACCACAGUGUACCUUUAUUGUGCAAGGAAACAUAGUAAAUGCCUUCUAGAUCUUUUAACAAGAACCUCUGAAGCAGCUUGGUUAGCUUACUCUGUCAACCAUUUUAAUCAAUGCAUUAACAAAUACCUUUUCAUUUGCAUUCACUUCCACAGGAGAUACUCUGCAACCAUCAAGCGUCCCUUUGCAGUUCGCUAUGACCCCUUUACCUGCAGCGUUGAGGUUCUCGACCAGCCCGGAAAGAUCCAGACCUCUCUGAGUCAGAUGAGAGAAGACCUGAGGACCCUGCACAGCGCUCUGGAAAAACUCAGUACAUCAUGAAGACUUGAAAAGACGUCCUGCAGAGAAGAGAAAGUCAGGCAGUCGGAAAUAUAAGGGGUGAGCAGACGGACAUUUGGCCAGAGUAAAUACUGUUUGUAAGAUUAUGCAAGAGAUGUAAAGAAGACGACAAUGUAGUCCAGUUUGUGAGGUUCUUCUGAGCCGUUUAAUUGUGUGGAUAAUGUAUCAUGUAAAAAGGAAUAAAUGUUUAUUUUCAUGAGGAAAUAUUAGUGUUGUUCAUUCCAGAGUGGAAAGAUAAUAAAGGUGCUGAAGCGGGAGGAAAAACACACACAGAGAGAAAAACCGCGACAAUAAAGGGCCAUGUUCUAGCUGUUAACUCCAAACCAACUAUUUCCAUUUGGAAAAUUUUUGGAAGCCAUUUAUCUUGCUGUGUUUUUAAAGCAAAGGAAAGGAGCUAAUUAUGAAUGAUUUAGGUAUCAUGUUCCCUCAGCUGGUCAAGGCCAAAGCCAGCGCUGACGUCCAGCGCUUGUGUAGUGUGGCCAGGUCACCAAGACCUCACACUCAACCACAUCAGGGCCCGCAAAAGCUGCACUGCUGACAGAUGCUCUUCUCUCUUUAUUUCUCUUUCUCUGGUCAAGUGAAGAAUUAGGUCUUUUGGGUUUUCUUUGACAGACGUCCAGCGUUUUGAUCUCCAUGUGGGCGACAAUGCGUAUCAGACUUGCAUACGUCAAACCCUGAGAAAGACAAAUCACCUCCAUCUGCAGGGCUCAUAAAGCAUCACCACCGUCUAAACCAUGACUGCUGAACCCCCCCAUGCAUCGGCCACCUUGUGCUUGGAAACCUUCCCUUCCCAUAAUUCCACUGUACAGUAAAUCAAGCCUUGCUCAGGCCUCCCUAGGAAACCCCAGUGUUUGUGGAGGAGAAGAAACAAGAGAAAAGAUACGGCAAGUGGAGGGAAAGAGUGAUCUAUGACUUGACAAGUGUGCAGGGACACACACAUGCGCUCAUUCCCUCCAAGCAAAAGUCAAACACUUUAUAAUUUCUUGUAUCUUGUCCCACGUCCAGCACCCUCAAAUCCUCAAAUCCCCAUGAAACCACCGCCAGAAUCCGAAUCCGCCGAGCGCCAAACAAAAGCAGGUUUGCCGCAGCAACAGGGGCAACCAGAAUGAGGGAUCCAGCUCGAGUCUUGUGCCUAGCGUACUCGCCACAAAUCCCAAACUCUGUAUCAUCCUGCCUCCAACCAUAAGUGUUUCCUUUAUUGAUGUCAGAGCCCUCCCAUCUCUAUGCUGGCGUGUUUGCCUCCUCGAGGGCUGGAAACGGGGUCGUGAGGUUCAGUUUGUCCUCAGGACUGAGAGCUGGAACGGAAAGAUACCCCACAAGAAGUAACCUUUUUUGAUUUAAGGCCUGAUAACGAACUGAUUAUCUUAUUCAGAGAAAACAAAUUAUCAAAAGAUACCUAGAAUGUCAUGUACGAGCCGUUUUGAGGGACAGUUGAACUAUCAAAGCAGGAAAUAAGAAGCAAACCAAUCUGGUCCUGACCAACAUAAAGCAACUUGCAAACUUAAGCUUACGACAAGGCACAUCCUAGGUCUUUGCAGAGAGCUGUAAGUUAAAACAAUCACGAAAUUAUAUCUUAACAUUUUUCAUCAGUUUAUAACAAGCCAGGAUACAAAAAGCCAAGGAUCGGAUACAUCUUUACAUAACAUACAUUUACAUAAUGUAUUUGCUGUUUGAGUGACAGACAGGUAAAACUGCAUAAUUAGCAUCAGUAGACAUGAGGAAAAUAUAUAAUAAUAUAAAACUUAACCUGCUCUUCUGAAUUAAAAACAGUAAUAAAUUACCAGUUGAAAAGAUCUAAAUUACUUCUAUGUAAAUAUGAUCAAAUGGCUCUUGGGGGUCAAGUCUGGCACAGUUUGUUGCUUUAACAGUUCAGUUAAUCAACAAGCACCACUGCAUCACGGUGAUCGAGCACGUUUUUUUUUUUUUUGACAGACUCUCUUCUAAUCAAGAUCAACAUAAUCGCUCCAUUCUGGGAAACACAGCACAACAAACCAGCUGUGAGAUUCAACCAAAUACCGGCCUCAAAGAAGUCUAAUCUCUUUCUUUGUUUCCUCUCAUAUCAUGCUCCUCAUUAUUUUGAUUUGCUCUCUUUUUGUUGAGCCCCCGGCUUAAAGCUGGAAGAAUUAUCUGUGGAGGGGGAGAUUAGGAGAAAGUUGGUGAGGAUUUUCAGGCGGUCAGAUGUCUCUUUCAUCCAUUUUGCAGUUUAUUAGUCCACAAACCACAAGAGAUCAGGUGUAAAAGCACCAUUCAGGUUGUGAUAAAGGUCACAAGAGAGGUCUUAGGGGCAGCGACAUUUGAGGACACACUUCCAGGAAAGAGGGGAGUUUGUAAGAUGCCCAAGAUGGAUCAGAUUGCAGAGGUUGAAGUCAUGUAGUUCUGCUCAUCAACCAUCAGAUGGAGUCCUUGAGUCACUCGGAGAUGUAAAACCUCUGAGAUUCAUGACUCAUGCUUGAAUACUCGUACCCUCUCUGAGAGCUUUCAUACUCCUCAGAAAACCUUCACAGCUUUCAAAGAUGACAAUGGCACUUGUUACAUCUUGAUAUUGAUGUCUCUGGUGAAACACGCAGCUGCUCAAGCACCACUUCACCUAAAGCCCGGCAAAAUGUAGAGAUUGGAGACCACACUUGACUUGUUCAAACAAAACCAUGGACCAGGAGUGCAGUAGCAUGUUAUGCUUUGCGGAUGGCGGUUAACGCCUUCAGUCCAAGAAAUAUACAAGAUUGACAAACUGGUUUGAAAGAUUGGAGGUUUCCACAGCCUGGACUUGCUUCUUUAUGUCAGACGGAGACAUUGCCAUACAAUGAUCUUAGUGUUCCAGCUGACAUUUACAUUAAUAAAGAAGAGUAAAUGCUUAAGUUAGACGCUUGAGUAUGAAUGUACAUUUAUCCGACGCUGCACCCUUGAAGAUUAAGUACAUCUGUGGAAACAAGCUGCCACCCAGAAUGAUUCAUGAUCAAGUUAAUUAAAUGAGUGCCUUCUGCAGUUUAGAGAGCUUUGAAAAUGGAGAUUGUGGUUUCUCACACAUGGAAUUCCUGUGACAGCACAAUGAGUCCUUGUUUUCCUGGAGAGCAUUGCGGGUUUUCUGCCAAGCGAUCCCUUGUAUUACAUGUUUGAGCUAUGAAGCAUAUUGAUAAUUAUUCUCCAAAAGGUAAGGUGAGCAUCUCUUUAUCCUCCUGUAUCCUUAAGAACCGUUUGUUUUGAUGUCAUGGAGCUGUAAAUGACCUGAAAUGGCCUCAAGGUCUUCCUGAGGUUA